AUGGAGGGCGACCCUCGCUUCCAGCAGCAGUUUGCUCGCGAUUUCCGGGUACGCCGUUCAUGCCUGUUGACCUGGCUGCAUUACCUACGGCGCCACCACCCGGGCUAUCGCGAUAUCGUCGUGAGCCGGGAUCGCCUGCAACGGCUUCCUCUUGACGGCAGCAUAGUUGAUUCCGUUGCCAGCCAAGUGGCUGACAUACCUGGCGGCGAGGUUACCGAUACCGAACUAAACGCCCUGCAGUCCCGAUUCCUUAAUCUUGCCCCUGACUCUGAGCGUAUGGCUGAUGUUGAGCAUAUGCCGCCUAGCGCGCAGGCUCAACACCGGAUGCCAUUGCCUUCGGUUCGCAGGACCCCCAUCGACGAAUUCAACCGUUCCCAGCCGCUGUUGACGCUCGCGUUCCCAACCCUCUACCCUGACGGCAAGGCCGACUUCGUGGAGCCUCGGUUACGGAGCAUCACGUACCAGGACUACCUUGGCCAUGCGAUGAGAUGGCAUGACGGACGUUUUGCCCGCCAUAAGACAUGGCCUUUCGUCGCCCUCAACACGCUUUUACGUGCGCAGGUCCGAAAACGAAGCGGCUAUUUCGUCAAGCAACGCGACGGCCGCCAUCAGGCCCUUACACGCGCUGACCUAGAGGAAGCAAUGGCUAAGCCUGACGAGCCGGAGGCUCAGGCCCUGAUCCAGUCGAUCACGCGCCAAGCCGCGGUAAUCAGGGGCACCCGGCCGUAUUGUGCAGCUGAUUACCACUGGGAGUCCCUGUACCGUCAUAUGCCUCGAUUUAACGAGUGGCAAGCAGCUCCUGAGGCGGCCCGGAUGGCCCUAACCAUUGUGCUGAAGCAGAAGUUUAACCUGACGGACUUUUGGGGUCGCUACGAGUGGCAGGGUAGGGGGUCCAGUCACCACCAUGGCCUGUAUUGGUUGAAUGGCCACCCAGACUUGGAUCCUGACGAUGAUCAGUCCCGGGAGCGAUUUGCCCGUAUCUGGGGAUAUCACGUAUCUGCUGUCAACCCAGAGCCUCAACGAAUACAGGCGCCCGGGGAAGGGAAUCCCCUGAUCAUCAAUCUAUUACAGCAGCCACUUACCGUUCAGUUUCUAUCCAUGGUAGUCAACCGCGUGCAACGCCACCGCUGCAACAACUACUGUAUGCAGCUCAAUAAGCAUACCAAGCGGGUAGAGUGCCGCUUUGGAUUUCCUCACGACCAGCGCCUACUAGCCUCCCUUGACAAGGCUCCUCACUCCAAGCACUGGAGCUUCAGGGGUGAGAGGAACGAUGGUCAGAUUAACCACUACAACCGCUUGCUCACCGUUUCAUGGCUAGCCAAUACAGAUGUUUCGCCCUGCACGAGCCUCCAGCAGGUGAUCGAUUACGCAGCCAAAUACUGCUCCAAGUCGGAAAAGAAGAGCGAGUCUUUUGCCCAGAUUGGGAAGGCGCUGAUGCCCCGGGUCAAGGACCACAACCCCCUGGUUUCCUUCACGUCAAAGCUCCUGAAUCAGCUAGUUGCUGAGCGGGAUUACUCGAAGCAGGAGGUUAGCCACUUACUCCUCGGCCUGCCGUUACAGGAGGGCUCACGAACCUGCCUGUACGUUGACUGCCGUCAUCCUGACAGGCAUUCCCGCUCCCUACGUAUUGACGGCGGUGAGGUUGACGAGGCCCCCAACGUCUACGAAAAGUUGAUCCAGAAGGACAACAGUGGCCAGAUUACUGCCGUGCUUUCUCCUAUUGUUGGCAGCACCACAGUCAUGGUGAUGACCAUUACGGCCGGCCAAAAGAGGCUCGAUUACAGCCUCAAGAGGAUCAAUACGAGGCUCUGCCUGUGGAGGAAGAAUUUGAUGACGAAGACUGGAUUCGCCUCGCCGCUCUUUUACCUGACAACCCCCUUACCCAGGAAGGUCUCGACCUACUUGGCCGCCGCGAUAUCGACGUCAAUUACGACUGGACACGGCAUGCGCAAAAUCCUGCUCAAAUCCUUCUUCACGUUGAUGGUGGUGGUGGUACAGCCGCCCUACCGAAUCCUAGUCCUAUUUGCCGUGUUGCGCCAACAGGCGUUGCGAGCCUUUCCACAGCGUAACCUCGAGUUCUUUGGUGGGGUGAGCGUCUUGCUUGUGGGCGAUUUCUUCCAGUUGCCACCAGUCCGGCAGAAGCCCCUGUAUUCGACUAGCACCGGCCUGUCUUCGUUGGAAAGGAGAGGGCAGGUGGCCUACCGGUUAUUUGACCGCACCGUCUUCCUGACCACGGCACAGCGCCAGGCUGGUGAUGAUCAGGCCCAGUUCCGUCAGGCGUUGCAGGAACUGCGUGAAGUCAAGUUAUCCAUACCGUCCUGGAACCUCCUUAGCAAUCGGGUACAGGCCAAACUAACGCAGAGCGAGGUUGACAGCUUCGGGGCCGCUUUGCGGGUGUAUUCUACAAAGGCCAGGGUGGAGGCAAAAAAUCAGGGCAAAGGCGCGGGGCAGGCACCAAGCGACAAUGCUGGCAAUCUAUCUAACAAGUUCCCUGUUGCUAAGGGCGCCAGGGUAAUGCUCACAACUAACCUAUGGCAGCCAGCUGGCCUAGUUAACGGCGCCCAGGAUCCCCCAGCCGUUAUUAUGGUGGACUUUGAUGGCUACGACGGACCGCCAUAUCUAACAACUAACGAAGGCAGGAAAAUCUCACCCAUCCUGCCAAGCCUAACGAAGGAUCAAAUAGUUACUGACCUCGCUACACGCGACUUCCAGGCCGGUAUUAGCUAUGUUGCUGUGUCACGGGUUACGUCGCUGCAAGGCUUACUCCUUGAGGCGCCUUUCGAUCGCCAGAGCCUCUAUAAGUACACGCCGACAGAAGGGAUGAAGAUGCGCCUCGCUGACCAACAACGGCGUCAGACUCAACAGCUGACCAAUCCACCGUAUACACCACUCUACCUUGACUAA